GGUUAAUGUAUUUACAUGAACAUAACAUAGUACAUAGAGACAUAAAACCGGAUAAUAUAUUGUUAGACCAUAUGGGAACUAUUAAAUUUGUUGACUUUGGGGCCGCAAAGAUUCUCGCAAAGAAUCAAAGGACAAUGGGACGCACAACUACGGGUCCAGGAACGAAUGUCAAUAGUUUAACUGGUACACCUAUGUAUAUGGCACCGGAAGUUAUAACUGGUGGAGAAAAAGGUCGUAAAGGAUCAAUGGAUAUAUGGUCGUUAGGUUGUUGCGUUUUAGAAAUGGCGACAGGACGACGUCCAUGGUCAAAUUUAGAUAAUGAAUGGGCUGUAAUGUACCAUGUAGUAACAGGUCAUCCACCGUUACCUGAUUCUUCUCAAUUAUCAGAUUUGGGAAUUGACUUUCUUAGACAGUGUUUCACAAGAUCGCCACAAGACCGUCCUUCAGCCGAAGAAUUACUUCAAGAUCCUUGGAUGGUUCUCGGUUAG